CUGUGGUUGAAGGGCCAACACCUGGUGGCCUAUUAUUAUGAAAACCAGUCUCCCUGGAUUUACCCCUAUACACUGCUCUACAAGGGUCAGUGAGGCCACAGCUUGUGCCAAUACAUCUAGGAGUUCAAAAUACAGACCCUGCCCUUUCCUUUCUGUUGCCCGGUCUGUGGAUUUUGUUGUAGAGGAUUGGGACACUGACAAUGGGAAGCUUUCUCUAUGGCCUGCGAUGCUGACACUCCACUCCCUCCUGCUGGGAAUUCAUGUUAAGUGGUCCCUGUGCCCCCUUUGAAUGUCCGUUACUAUGGCUAAGCGUGAGACUGGCAGCACCAGCCCUGUGGUCAGGCAGAUAGACAAGCAGUUCCUGGUUUGCAGCAUUUGUUUGGACCAUUAUCACAACCCCAAGGUCCUACCCUGCCUGCACACCUUCUGUGAGAAAUGUCUACAGAACUACAUCCCUCCACAGUCUUUGACGCUGUCCUGCCCAGUAUGCAGGCAGACUUCUAUCUUGCCAGAGAAGGGUGUGGCAGCCCUGCAGAACAACUUCUUCAUCACAAACCUAAUGGAGGUGUUACAGCGAGACCCAGAAUGCAGCCGACCUGAGGCCUGUAAUGUUCUUGAGUCAGCCAGUGCGGCUACAGCUUGUCAGCCCCUCUCUUGCCCCAACCAUGAGGGCAAGGUGAUGGAGUUUUACUGCGAGUCGUGUGAAACAGCCAUGUGUCUGGAGUGCACAGAAGGAGAACACAGGGAACAUGUGACAGUUCCUCUGAGGGAUGUGCUGGAACAGCAUAAGUCAGCACUUAAAAAUCAGCUGGAUGCUGUGCGCAACAGACUACCUCAACUGACAGCUGCCAUUGAGCUUGUGAAUGAGAUCUCCAAGCAGCUUAUGGAGCGGAAAAAUGAGGCAGUGACUGAAAUCAGUAACACUUUUGAUGAGCUGGAAAAGGCCUUACACCAACGCAAGACUGCUCUUAUUACUGAGGUGGAAAACAUCUGCAGCACCAAGCAGAAGGUGCUUCAAGCCCAGCUGACAUCUUUGCUUCAGGGCAAAGAGAACAUUCAAAGCAGCUGCAACUUCACAGAGCAGGCCCUGAGCCAUGGCAGCGCCACUGAGGUCCUGUUGGUCCAGAAACAAAUGGGUGAGCGGGUCAGUGCCCUGGCACGACACAGCUUUCCUGAGCAUCCCCACGAAAAUGGACAUCUGGAAUGCCAGGUGGAGACGGAUGGACUGAGGCGCUCCAUCCAGAACCUGGGAGUCCUGAUCACAACUGGGGCUGUAGGCCAUACUAGUGUUGCCACUGGUGAAGGCCUGCGACAUGCACUGGUCGGCCAGCACAAUACUGUCACAGUCACUACUAAAGACAAGGAUGGAGAACUAGUGAAGACUGGUAAUGCUGCUCUGAGGGCAGAGAUUGUCUCAGCGGAUAGAGUGUGCACUGAAGCUGAUGUGGUGGACAACAAGAAUGGCACCUAUGAGGUUGGAUAUACAAUCCGCUCAGAGGGAGAAUUCACCUUCUCUUUGCUGCUAUAUGAACAGCCUGUGAGGGGGAGUCCGUUCCGUUUGCGCGCUGUCAAGCCGUCAGAUGUCCUGCAGUCACCGGACGACGUGAAGAGAAGAGUGAAGUCCCCAAGUGGAGGAGGAGGUCAUGUUCGACAGAAGGCUGUGCGCAGGCCCUCCAGCAUGUACAGCACCACCAAGAAAAAGGAAAACCCAAUAGAAGAUGAGUUGAUCUACAGAUUGGGAACAAGAGGGCGAGAUAAAGGAGAAUUCACUAACCUACAAGGCAUCUCAACCUCCAGUAAUGGACGGAUUGUGGUGGCAGACAGCAACAACCAGUGUAUACAGGUAUUCUCAAAUGAUGGGCAGUUUAAGAUGAGGUUUGGGGUCAGAGGUCGUUCGCCAGGGCAGCUACAGCGUCCCACAGGUGUCACAGUGGACAUGAAUGGUGACAUAAUUGUAGCUGACUACGACAACAGAUGGAUUAGCAUCUUCUCUUCAGAUGGCAAGUUUAAGAACAAAAUUGGUGCUGGAAGAUUGAUGGGACCCAAAGGUGUGGCUGUGGAUAAGAAUGGACAUAUCAUCACGGUUGAUAAUAAGGCCUGCUGUGUUUUCAUCUUCCAAUCAAAUGGGAAGCUGGUGACAAAGUUCGGAGCCAGAGGAACAUCAGACAGACACUUUGCAGAAAAAAGUGGUGCAAACAUUGCACUGGAACAAAAGCUUAGUAAAUCUGGCCCUGUUUUCAGUCCUCACUUUGUGGCCGUAAAUAACAAAAAUGAAAUUGUGGUAACAGACUUUCAUAACCAUUCAGUCAAGGUGUACAAUGCAGAUGGGGAGUUCCUGUUUAAAUUUGGCUCCCAUGGAGAGGGGAAUGGCCAAUUCAACGCUCCAACAGGUGUGGCCGUGGAUGCCAAUGGAAAUAUCAUUGUUGCUGAUUGGGGCAAUAGUCGGAUCCAGGUGUUUGACAGCUCAGGGUCCUUCCUGUCCUACAUCAACACAUCAGCGGACCCCCUUUACGGCCCCCAGGGCCUGGCCCUCACAUCUGAUGGUCAUGUGGCAGUGGCAGACUCUGGGAACCACUGCUUCAAGGUCUAUCGCUACCUGCAGUAGAGACAACCAUCUUCACCACUGCAAGCACUGAACGACACAACCAAUGUAUUCCACAGGGUGCAAUGAAUUUUCCAAUACAGCCUUUUGAUGUGUACAUCAGCUGAUCUCCCAGAUAUAAUUAAGUGUCUGAACCUGAGUUUACCCUCCUUAUGAUGUGUAUUGAAGGUUGUUUUUAAAGUUGGGUAAUGUAGCAUCCUUGGGACAAGUAAUGGACAUAAAGCUAUGGACUGGUUUUAGAGAACGUGCAAAAGCAUUUUUGUGUGUUGUACACUGUUGAUGGUAUUACUAAACAACACUUUCUGUGAGACCGGACAGAGUAGGAGAUAGAUUGAAGUAUUUAAUGAGCCAUAACUUGUCCAAAUGCAUGAAGUUUUAUUUUAUCUUAAUGCCUAGGCAACAACACAGUGUACCCAUCAGUUGCUUUUCUCAUGAACUAGUUAAUGCUUACAGUGAAAUGAACAGCGCUAUGCUAUUCCAGCAAUGAAAUGUAAAAUUUCUCAUUUAAUGACAUCUCACAUAAAAAUGUCACUACCAUCUGUGCAUUGAUUUGCUGUAUGUAUUGUAUAUACAUAAAUGUAUAUUGUGUAUAUUAGAUCACUCCGUAUGUAUGUGCUAUGAUUUUGAAACACACAGCCUUUUGGCUAUUCAGAGAGCAGCAGUCAAGAAUUCCAGGAUUUUAAAAAUGUGUGUAUGGCAGCUGUUAAAAAGUGUGCUUUUUAAACAUACCCAGCACAUGCUUAAAAUAAGAAGAGUGUCAUAUUUAUUGCUAAUGUAAGCAGCACAAUAAUCAUUUUUGUUAAUAUCUGUUGUUUUAAAGGGAAAAAAACUUAACAAAAAAAUGCUAAUUUAUUUUAUUUUAUACACUAGCUAAGCAUUUACAAAUUAUUUUUCUAAAUUGAUGUGCUUUUUUUUCUUUGGAACAUCACACUUUAUCCCUUUCCCUUAAAGGAACAUAAUACACCUUAAAGCAGAAUUCAAUAUCCACCCACAUCUGGAAAAUUUAGAUCAGUGUUUGUGCACAUGAGCAGCUCUUUUCCAAAGCUACAAACCCAUCUUUGUUUUCAUUUGGAAUGCCUUUAAAAAAGAAAGUUUUUUUAAGUUUCUCUGUUCAAAAUUAAUAGCUAAAGAUAUGGGCUCAUAGAAUGAUUGUUUUGCCUUUAAGAAAUAAGGAGAUUUAUUCAUUGAAGUGCUAACAGUUACAAACCAGAAAGAAUAUAUAUAUCUCAGGAAAUCCAUUCAAAUUAGAUCACAAUGUCAAUGGAACAACUUUAAAAAAUGUUUUAUUUCUUUUGACGGUAUCAGAUUGUAAGGGAGAUGUUGGGAGCUUUGUGAGAAAUCAGAAAUAAUAAGAAAUUAUUGGGAUGGAAAAUGAAUUCUGUUUUACAGUGGGGUUUUUUUUUGGCUUUUUUGGCUUUCAUAUAGGAAAUAGUUACAAAAUUAUUAAAUGAGAAUUUAUUAGCAAACUCAUCCACGCUUUAAAAUACACUCACCUAUGAUACUGUUGUAAGCUAUCUAACAAAAUGCUGUUAGAUCUGAGUUUCUGCCUGCACUACAUCCAGCCAUGACUACCAAGGAAAAACUUGUACCAGUGGAGUUGUUGCUGCUCUUGCUUCCCCUAGUGUUCAUUCUGUGUAAUGUCAUAAGAAAACCUAGUGCCACAGCAGAAGAGAGACCAGGUGCAGGAAGAAGGCAAUUUCCUGGUCUGACAAAAUUACCAACAGCACUGUGCGAACUGAUUUCACCAGUUAAGUCAACCAGGAAGCUGCUGUUCUUCAUGUACCUGAUCUGUUGUUUGACUUUUUGCCAUACAUGAGCCCAGACAUCUUGAAAGAGUCAAAGACUCACCUUUUUGACAUGUGUCUGAAGCAUUUUUACCUAAGCUGUUUGUGUCACACCAAUACAAACAAUUUUGUUUUCUUUAUGAAUAUGCACUGGUAAUAAAAGCACAUGGUUUACUGA